AUGCAGUGUUUGGAAUGUGCAGACUUCCUAGAGAGUGACACUUACAGUAUCUCCAAGGACUAUACAAGGGAAGAAGUCAAGUUUAUGGAACAUAUGGAGAAGUCCAUCAAACAUCUUGAAGACCAGCACUACGAAGUUAGCCUACCUCUCAAGGACCAAUCUGUCACUUUACCUAACAAUCGUGUGCAAGCCGAAAGAAGAUGUGGAUAUCUGAAGAACAAACUUUUGAACAAUCCAAGCUUUAGACAGGACUAUACGACCUUCAUGAAAGAUACGAUCGACAAAGGAUAUGCAAGAAAAGUGCCGGAAGAACAACUCGCUGGCGUCAAAGGUAAAAUAUGGUAUAUUCCGCAUCAUGGCGUUUACCACAAGAAAAAACGUGAAAAAAUACGGGUUGUCUUUGACUGUUCAUGCAAAUACCAAGGCGUAGCUCUCAACGAUGUCCUAUUACAAGRUCCAGAUUUAACCAGCAGCCUUCUUGGUGUGCUCUUACGCUUCCGCCAGGAAAGUAUUGCCGUCAUGGCCGAUAUCGAAGGGAUGUUUCUUCAAGUACGCGUGCCCGAARCKGAACGUAAUCUCUUACGUUUCUUAUGGUGGACCGACRCUCAAUUCGACAAAGAACCUGAUGAAUACCAAAUGAAUGUUCACCUUUUUGGCGCAGUCUCCUCGCCUUCUUGYGCUAAUUUCACGUUGAGACACAACGCCAAYUCCAACAGAGCCCUUUUUCAARAYGAAGUCAUAUCAACUGUUUUCAAGAACUUCUACGUAGACGAUUGUCUAAAGUCUUUACCCUCUGCUGAGAAAGCCAUUCAGUUCGUUGAAGAUAUAUGCAGACUUAUGAAAGAUGGUGGAUUCAGGUUAACCAAAUGGAUCUCAAGUAGUCGUCAAGUACUGCAAUCGAUUYCUGAAUGCGAACAAGCGAAAGAAGUCAAAGAAUUAGACAUUGCCCRCGAAGAAUUGCCAGCUGAAAGAGCCCUUGGUGUCACAUGGCUAGUUGAAACAGAUACCUUUGGUUUCAAAACWACACYUCACGAACGCCCUUUGACAAGACGUGGUCUUYUAUCCGUGGUUAGUUCUGUAUUUGAUCCCUUGGGUAUGGCAGCUCCYUUUACACUGACCGCCAAGAUAAUCYUGCAAGACCUCACUCGACUGAAGUUACAGUGGGAUGAAAGAAUUCCUGAUCAGUACUUGUCACCAUGGCAGAAAUGGCUGCAGGAUCUACCUAAAUUAGGUAAAUUCUCCUUGGCUCGUUGCUUUGGACCCUUCAAACAACAGCGAGGUCAUACAACGCGGGNACAAUCCAAUUAA